UGUCUCACCGUCCCCAGGCAGUGGCUGCAGGGCGAGAUGGCUCGGCAGGCGCUGGCACUGGCACUUUGCCUCUCUCUGGCCGUGAUGGCAUCCACUGACUGCGUGACCCAGUGCUCCCUCUGCGUGGCACAGACACCCACCCCCGAGACCAGCAGCUGGCCCCUGAUGUGCCUGCGGGAAUGCCAGGGCUCCUCACCGCCCGGGCCCGAGUGGGAGACCUGCAGGAAGGCACUGGCGCUGCUGGCCCCGCUGGUGGCCCUGGCCGAAGGGACAGAGCCGGCCCCUCGGGAGGCGGAGGAGGAGAAGGCAGAGUCGGAGCUGGGCGCCGGAGGGCUGGCUCCGCUGCCGGCCAAGCGCUACGGAGGCUUCAUGAAGAAGAUGUCCAAGGGGAAGCUGCUCGCCCUGCUCCGGGAGAACGCCCACACCAAGGGGGGGCUCAGCAAGAAGUUUGGGGGCUUCGGGCGCAAGCCGGGGGAGCGGGCAGCCCCCGAGGACUACCCGGGGCCGGAGCCGGCAGGAGAUGGAGCCGAGGAGCCCACGGGUGGCGGGGCCGGGGGGCAGGAGCUGGCCGAGCUGCACAAGCGCUACGGGGGCUUCAUGCGCCGCAUCCGGCCCAAGCUCAAGUGGGACAAUCAGAAGCGCUACGGAGGCUUCCUGCGGCGCCAGUUCAAGGUGACCACACGCUCGGACGAGGACCCCAGCGCCUACUCAGGGGAGGUCUUGGACCUAUAG